AUGACUGCCAGCAACGUCGUCAUGUGGGCUGCCGAAAAAAAUCUCUUGAAACGCCUGUGUCCGAGCUGGUUGGUGUAUUCGGACGAGGUCUUCUACCGCCUUCAAAAUUCCUCCAAGGGCCAGACCCCAGUCGGGGCAGCAAGUGUCUUUUUGGGUCAGACCUUCGCUCGCCCCGUUCCGGAAGCUCACGGGUCCGCAUCUUCUGUACACGUUGAAUUGGAGGUUCGUCCUGAACGCUGA